AUGGAUCGUGACACAAGCAACCAACAUCAGUAUAGAGUUAUGGAUACCACGGGCCGAAAUACUGAUUUAUCCUGCAUAACCGCAAUCCUAUCAUGUUUCGUUCUGUCGGUGAUGUACGUCGCGAGCCUCUAUGUAUGGAAUUCACCGUACAGUAGGGAACAUCCUACUGUAAUAAAAAAAAGGUUUUUUAGCGUUUUCAUUAUGUCUCUUAUAUCUCCUGCUUUAUUGUAUUUUGGAAUAAAUGAGAAAGUAUUUCAAAAGGCAACAAUUUGGGAGUUAUUGGGUCUACGAUGGCCUGGUUUACUUCAAGCAAUUGUGAUACCAUUGUUACUAACAAUGAUAUUAUUUCUAGGGCCAAUAUGUGUACAAGGUUUUAAUGGACUUUGGAGAUUAUAUACCGAGCCUAUGUAUUGGCUUGGAAGUGUACGAACGAUAAUAUGGUGGAGAAAUUUAGUAGUUGCUCCUUUAGCUGAAGAAUGGACAUUUAGAGCAUGUAUGUUACCAUUGCUUUUGCAAUGUUUUACACCAACUACUGCCAUAUUUAUAUGUCCUUUAUUUUUUGGUGUUGCUCAUUUUCAUCUUGUAGUAGAUAGAGUAAGAGCAGGCAUGAAUCUUAAGCAUGCCCUUUUUAUAUCUUGUUUUCAAUUCGUAUUCACAACAUUAUUUGGAGCAUAUGCUGCUUUUCUUUUUGCUAAAACAGGACAUUUAGCAGCGCCAUUUACGGCACAUUCUUUUUGUAAUCACAUGGGAUGUCCUGAUUUUUCUGAAGUUGUUGCAGUUAAAGAUCCAUUAAAAAGGGCUGGACUGUUUUCUUUGUUUGUAAUUGGAUUAGUAGCUUGGUGUUUUUUAUUGACACCAAUGACAAAUCCAAGGUUAUUUUAUAAUAAUUUAUUUUGGCAUAAAAAUUUUAUAUGAGUGUGAUUUAUUUGCAACAAUGUCACUAAUGUUAUGUAAAUCUUUUAUAAAAAAAAAACUAGUCUAACUUGAACUGAUAUCAUUUUAAGAAUUUAUAUUGCAUGAUAUUUUUUAAGAAGUGUUUGUUACUUAACAAAUUAUAUUUCAUACAAGAUAACGAGACUGUUUAGCAGGUUACGUCAUAGGUACAAUUUUAUCAAACACAGAUGUACUUCUGUAAGUUAGAAGCUAAUUCGCGCAAUAUGUUUUAGUUUUAAUUUCUGAUCAGGUUUUGUAUAAUUAUUAUUAUACAAACAAGUUACCAUAGGCGAGUUAAUCAUGCAAUAUAGAACUAAUAUAAAAUCACCGUAGUGCCUCAAAUUUAAUUCAAUUUACAUAGUUAUACUUAUGAAUGCCAAUAAAACUUUAGGCAAAGUUCUUGAAAUAAAGAUGUUAAUAAAAUAUUGUAUAGUUUAAAAAAUAUGACAUUGUUACAAUAAAUAGUGUGUUAUUUUGAAUUGAUAAAAAGAUGUUGUUUCCAUAAAAAUAUAUCUUUUUGGAAAUGUUUUGUGAUAUAUCGUACAAGUAUAAAAAAGUUUUUUAUUUUGAAUUUACUUAAGUAUUUUCUACUUAUAUAUACAGAAACAUAUUUACAUUCAUGUAAGAACUAACAAUACAUACAUUUACUGUUUAUUUAAAUCACAGAAAUAACAGAUAACAGUAUUACAACAUUUGCCAUAAAUGUGUACAACUAUUUAUAUAGCAAAGAAAUAUAAGGAAAUAUAUAAAAGUUUAAAUAUUGAGAUUAUAUCCUUUUAUCCAAGAAAGAUCAUUUUAGAACAUCAUUGUAUGUUUCAUAUAAAAUCUGUAUUUGAUCUUGUAUCUAUAUUUUCUAUCUCCUUUGAUGUAUACAUUUUAAUCACAAGUUAUUGUUCAUAAGUUUUUC